AUGUCGGCGGAUAAUACCCCCGUGAUGUAUGCUGACGACGUGCCUGUCGCGAGCCACUUCUACUUAAGUCCCGUAGAGCUAGUCUCUGGGAGUGUCGCUGGCUUCGUUGAACACUUCGCCAUGUUUCCCUUCGACACCGUCAAGACACGCGUGCAGAGCGGGUGCUCAUCAAAUAUUGUCUCAGCGAUGCGGUGCAUGUGGCGAACAGAGCGGCUCACACAUUUCUACCGUGGAUUUUUUCCUGUCAUUGUUUCUGCGGUCCCGUCACAUGGUGUAUACUUCGGUAUGUACGAGGCAGCGAAACGUGUGUUCGGGGAAGAGUCUAAUGCGGAAAUUGUGGCCUCGGCAAGCUGUGCUGUUGCGGCUCAUGACACCAUAGCCACGCCAUUCGAUGUUGUGAAGCAGCGGAUGCAGAUGGAUGGGAAUAGGCAGUUCAGGUCCUCACUCCAGUGCUGCAGGCAGAUUAUGGCAGAGGACGGCACCCGGGCCUUCUUUCUAUCGCUCCCUACAACGAUCGCAAUGAAUGUGCCACAUUUUGCGACAUAUUGGAUGGUCUACGAAGGCUUCCUGGCGCACUUGGGUGGCGAGCGGCGCGACAAGGAGAACGAACUGGCGGUGGACUACGUUGUGGCCGGCCUACUGGCCGGGACGGCAGCCUCCUUCAUAUCCUCUCCGUUUGAUGUUGUCAAGACGCAGCUGCAGUUGGGUCACGAGAGGAACUUUGCGACGGCCUUCCGUAAUAUUCUGUGCCGCCGGGGCAUCGGCGGUUUGUUUGCUGGUGUCUCUGCAAGAAUAAUGUGCACGGCCCCUUCCGGGGCGUUGACAAUGAUCACAUACGAAAUGACAAAAAAGUUUCUGAUGGGUUUAUAA